AUGAUGUCAAACGAGUGCAAGAAUUUGAGCCCAGAAUUGGACGCGAAGAUCAAUGAAUGGCUUGAAUGGGAUCAGAAUCCCAAAACUAUUGCUGAGAUCAAGAAACUUGUGGACAAUAAAGACACGGAACAACUGAGCAAACUAUUGCUAACUCGUCAGGAGUUUGGAACCGCUGGCAUUAGGGGUCAAAUGGUGGCCGGCUUUGCGGGAAUGAACGAUCUCGUGCUCAUCCAGACCUCACAGGGUUUGGCCAAAUACUUGCUUCAAAUGGACGGCUCCGCCAAAGAUAAAGGUGUUGUCAUCGGAUACGACGGCAGACAUAAUUCGUUACGUUUCGCGCAGUUGUCCGCAAACGCCUUCCUAUUGGCCGGAAUCAAAGUCUAUCUCUUCUCGACAUUAGUGCCGACGCCUUUCGUGGCCUUUUCUAUCCGAGUCCUGUCCGCCACCGCCGGAGUUAUGGUGACGGCCUCUCACAACCCAAAGAUGGACAACGGAUACAAAGUGUACUUUUCAAACGGCGCUCAAAUCACUUCACCACACGAUAAGAACAUUCAGAAGAGUAUUGUCCAGAAUCUGAAGCCAUGGGACGGCGUUUGGACGAAGAAUCCCCGACACGACAACAAGUGCAGCGAUCCGUUGGACAUCGUCUCCAAUAACUACUUCUCCAGAAUCGAUAAGAAUAUAUUCAACCGAAACACAAACAUCGGCUCAAAACUGAGGGUCACUUAUACGCCGAUCCACGGCGUCGGACACGUCUACCUCACCGAAGGGUUCAAAGUUUGCGGCUUUAAAAACUGUUUCCCCGUCAAGAGUCAGAUGAAACCCGACCCAGAGUUCUCGACCGUCACUUUCCCCAAUCCAGAGGAGGGCAAAGGGGUUCUGGACGAGUCAUUCAAAACGGCUGCCGAAGAGAAGAGCACAAUAAUCAUAGCCAACGAUCCGGACAGCGAUCGGUGCGCUGUCGCCGAAUAUCAGGCCAAUGAGUCUAAAUGGCGGAUAUUCUCGGGCAACGAGACGGGAGCUCUGUUGGGGUGGUGGCAGUGGUUUAAACACCAGUCCCGGAACGACGCCGCCAAAGCCAGUGACGUGUAUAUGAUGUCAUCGACGGUCAGCUCCAAGAUAUUGCAAUCGAUGGCCAAAAUAGAAGGAUUCAAUUGGUUGGAAACGCUGACCGGAUUUAAAUGGAUGGGCAAUAAAGCGGACGAAUUGGAGAAAUCGGGAAAAACGGUUUUGUUUGCUUUCGAGGAGGCGAUCGGCUUUAUGGCGGGCACUACGGUCUUAGAUAAGGACGGCAUCAGUGCCGCCGUCGAAGUGCUCCAAUUGGCCGCAUAUCUGGAAACGGAGCGAAAGUGCAAUCUAUCGCAACAUUUGAAUCACAUUUACAACACAUAUGGAUAUCAUUUCAGUCUUAAUUCCUAUUAUAUUUGUCACGAUAAGGAUGUGAUUAAAAGUAUUUUCGAUCGGUUGGCAAAUUUCAAUGGACCCAAAACCUAUCCGUCCAAAAUCGGUUCCUAUGAGAUCGUUAGGGUUCGGGACCUAAAUCGUGGCUACGAUUCUUCGACACCCGAUAACAUACCUGUGUUGCCUUCGAGUUCGUCCUCUUAUAUGUUGACAUUUUAUUUCAAGAAUGGUUUCGUAUUAACCAUAAGAACGAGUGGAACCGAACCGAAGAUCAAGUAUUAUUCAGAAGCGAUCGCAUCGCCUGAGAAUAAGAAUUGGUCUCAAAUCGAGAAUGAAUUACGCGAUCUGAUCGACCAAAUGAUUGCCAUUUGUUUAGAGCCCGAGAAGAAUGGGAUUAAACCAAAGCAAGACUAG